AUGAGCGAAGUACAAUACACAUUUGAUGACGUAGAACCCGUCAAGAUCAAUACUGAAGAACCCCAAUUAUGUCAAAUCCUUUACGAUGAAGAAUAUAAAACUACCAUGGGAUUACUUCUAGCACUUUUACAGAACGAAGAGUAUUCUGAUAGAGCCUUAUAUCUCACCCAAAAGGGUAUCGAGUUACUUGCAUCUCAUUACACUAUCUGGAUAUACAGAUAUGAUAUAUUACUCCAUUUAAAUAAGGACUUAUUUGAAGAGUUAGACUGGUGUGAACAAGUAGCGUUGGAGAAUGAAAAGAAUUAUCAAAUUUGGAAUUAUCGACAAUUAAUAAUUGAGAGAAUCUUAGCUACAACCACUGAAACUAGUAGAAAAUAUGAACCUCAUCGUGAAUUUCCUAUCUUGGAAGCUAUGUUAGAUUCAGAUCCUAAGAAUCAUCACGUUUGGUCAUACCGUAAAUGGUUAGUUGAAAAAUUUCAAUUAUUCAGAGAUCCUAAGGAAUUAGAGUAUGUUGAAAAGAUUAUAUUAUCUGAUUUAAGAAAUAAUUCAGCUUGGAGUCAUAGAUAUUUCCUUUAUUUUUCCAAUCCGGAAUUAAUUACAUCUGAAAUAGUAGAUUCUGAAAUUCAAUUUGUGAAAGCAUUAAUUCAGCAAUCACCUCAAAACCCAUCUAGUUGGAAUUAUUUAUUAGGGAUUUACAAAUCUCAGAAACUUAAUAUUGCUGAAUUAGAAAGCUUUUGUUUGCAAUUCAUUGUUCUUGAUGAGUUGAAAUUACAAGAUGAAGAGUUCAACGGGGUUAAAAGUUUAUAUGCAUUAGAGACAUUAGCAAAGAUAAAUUUGAAGAACAAGAAGUACAAUGAUUCGAUUAAGAUUUACGAUUUGUUAGGAUCGCAGUAUGACAAAAUAAGAGUAAAUUACUGGAAUUUUGAAAAGAAAAAGGUACAAACGAUAUUAACUAGCAUAUAA